UUUCAAAUCUCAGAAUGACUGUGUCCCACGCCAUCAUUUUUGGAUAUGUCCUCACUGCUGCUGUUAUAAUGGGAGAGUGUGUGUUACAAGCCAGUUCCUCCCAGAGUGCUGAGAGCCUGCAUGACAAUUUCAUAGGGUUUGACUCAGCCCCUGACAAAGUGGUAGAUGGCUCAGCGGUCCGUGUGCGGUAUCAGUGCUCCCGGCCAUGUCAGCUCGCAGUGGAAGUGGUGGCAUCCACAUUAAGGAAGACAGAUUUAUUGGUCUUCAGGAGGAAAUGGAUCAGCAGCACACCCCGAGUCCUCAGGAUCCACCAGGUGAUGCUCAGAUUGCCUCCGUCCAUUUUAUAUCAACACGACUUUUUCAACAGGAAUGAUUUGGAGGCUGAAAAUGUGACAGUUCGUGCUUGGCUGCACCAUCUUAAAGACAUCCGCGAACCCGGGACAUACCAUGGCUCCAUGUUGAAGAUUUAUAAAGUGCUGCAGGUAACACCACCCUCACAGCGUCCAACUAAGCCUCACACUGAGUGCCCUUCAUGGUCUGCCCACCUGGUGUGGCAGGUAUCCAAAGACAGAAUCAGUCAGUGUCCACAUGAGUCAGAUGUAAUAGAUGUACUGAAGUUCCCUUUGGCAAGUACUGGUGAGCACUUUGGAGUUGUGCGCAGGUUCCAGCCUUUCAUGGACAGAGGCCUGGAGAGAGUCCGUCUUCAUGCUGUGACACAGCCCAGCGUCGCCUUAUCUGUGUGGAUCUACCUACUGGAACGCUGUCAGAGGAAGCUCUGUGGGAUCAUCCAUCACCUCGAUAGGAAAAAUGCAUUCGACUCUGUUCUGAUGCAGCUCACAGACACAGGGGACGUCAUAAUUCAGGCACGUGUGACAACAGGAGAAGAUGAAGCUUUCCAAGCCCGCGUAGCGUUGCCUCUGUGGAAAUGGAUUAGAUUAGACUGCUACAUACGAGACUCAAAGGUGCUGUUGUAUACAACGUGGGAUGAUGAAACCCGCAGAUAUGAAUACGAAUUUCAGGACAGCAUCUAUUAUGAUGACACUGAUGGAUACUUUGUGAUUGGAGGAAGCAAAUACAUGCCAGGGAUCCACGGGUAUUAUGGGCCUAUCAAAUACUAUCGUUUAGGAACUGAAGAGAUAAAAACUCACCUCAACCCCGAGGCAACAUUACAGGAACUGGAUAAGACUCAUCGCGAGUGUCAGGAAAUAAAAAGGUUUACAAAAGCUUUUCUGAGAGAAGUAACUGAGCGUCACCUCUCGUCAACAAUCAGCAAAGAUGUCUGUAAGCCUCACUUCAUAAGACUGUGGGGUCAGUUUGGUGAAAAAAUCUGCACACAAACAUGGAGCUGGGAGACACCACUUAAACACAGCUCCCUCUUCCAUCUCCUGCAAAAAAAAGAAGAGGAAGGAGGAUCUUUGGGCAUCAAGCAGCUCAGGACUGCUUUGUUUCAGGAGGCAGUUGCUACAAUGUUCCCUGUGGAUCAGGAGCAAAUUAAAGUCACAUCCCAAUCAAUGUCUCUGCUACAAGUGUCCUCCUGCUUUGGAAAUCACAAAGCGUCUCUGUUGCUGGCCUCUGUCCUCCUCUCUGGCCUGGGACACACAGUCGAUCAGCAGCAGGCCCAUGUCUAUAGUUUGAUUGGUGCAUCAGGCGAUGACCGUUUUGCCCUGAUGCAUGCAGGGUACAAACACACACAAGGAAUUGAUGGCUUCCCUAAAGACCUGGACAUGGCUUACAGCUACUAUUCUAAUGCUGCGGCCCAGAGCAGCACUGACAGUUCCAACAUACAUGACACUGAGCAAUACACACCUGAACACAUCUAUCUAAGCAACCAGGAGGAUUUAAACAGCCUGACACAUGAGAGCAGUGACGUCUUUCACUAUCUGAAACUCCAAGCAGAGAGGGGAGACGCAGAAUCUCAGAGACGCCUGGGAUUAAUGCUUUACUGGGGACAAAAUGGAGUCUCAAAAGACAUAGUGAGUGCACUGAAGUGGUUUGAGAGAAGUGCUAUGCAAAUGAAGGAUCCCUCAGCGAUGUACGACUACUCCAUCCUACUGAUGAAGGGUGAGGGAGUGAAAAGAAACUUCACCCGAGGUUUUCAGCUGCUGAAGAAAGCUGCAGCGAUGGGCUCAAUUAAUGCCUUGAAUGGUUUGGGCUGGUACCAUGGGAUUGUACUGAACGACCACAGAAAUGCAGUGAAAUACUUUGAGCAAGCUGCGCUAAAUGGGAGCGAUGAUGGCAUGUUUAAUCUGGGAGUUUAUCAUCUCGGCGGGAAAAACCCACACAACCCACAGCGGAACGAGAUGGCUGCAUUCCAGCAGUUUCUGAACGCAUCUCGCUUCGGUCAUGUGGCUGCAUCAGUGGAGGCAGCCUGGUACCUUUCGACAGGAAGCCUGAAAGGGGUGUCUCAGGAUGUGGAGAGGGCUGUGAUAAUGCUAAAAAAGGUCUGUGAACAGAACGGACACCUUGGAUUUAUGAUCAGAGAGGCUCUCCAGGCCUACCUCCAGGGUUCUUGGCAGGAAGCGUUUGUGAAGUAUGUUUUGGCAGCUGAAACCGGUCUGGGUUUGGCCCAGAGCAAUGCUGCGCACCUGUGUGAAGUACAUGAGCUGAAUCUCAGUUAUGAUUGUCAGUGGAGAUAUCAUAACUACUCUAUAUUAAACUAUGAUCCCCAUCAGUCCGCUCUGCUGAAAAUGGGAGACUACUACUACUAUUCCUCCAGCAUGCAAGAAGACUCAUUAUCCUUGGUUGGUCAGGCUGUAUCGAUGUAUAGCAGAGCAGCUCUAGCGGGCAGUCCUCAGGGAAUGUACAACCUGGUCGUUUUGGUUCAACAGGGGCACGUUCUUCCACUGAGUGUCCGUGGACUGUUUAACGUGUCACAUCAUGAUCAGAAGGACGCUGUGGUGGAGAAGAUGCUAAAAAGAUGUGUGGAGACUGAGUCUGAAGACGCAGUAACACCCUGUUCUUUAGCUCUGCUCGGAGUCCAGAUGGGAAAAGCCUUGAGGAGGAUGACUCAGAACGGUGCACAGCUCCUCUUGGUAUAUGCAUCUCUUCUUUCUGUCUGUGUCCUUAUUGUCACUGUGCCAUUUCAGAGCUGUCUUGAACAAAGGGCUCCCAGACGCCGUGCGGUUGAAGUGAGGGCAAGGACGUCAUUUGUCAGCCAAGAUGCUGUCAACUUGAAUAGACAGCAAGAUGGCAUCAUGGGACGAACCUACAGAGUGGCAGGGAAUCUAUGGCUUACUAUACUGAAUGGCGAGCGGUGGCUCAGGCAGACCAGCGAUUUGGCUGUGACACUGUCGGGUGUGUGCCUGUUUGCUUUCUGGACCACAUUCCUCUAUCAUCUCCUAUGACAUACAAUACCAGCAGAGUGAUCCAAUAGCCACAGUAAAAGCCCCAGACAGUACAUACUGUAAAAGCAUACAUUUAGCAGAUGAGUUAAAGCAGUACUCAUGUGACAUAUUUGUGUGUCGGAGGUAUGUGACUCAUUUUAAGACAGGAAGGAGAGCAGUGCUCAUCAGGACAAGAGUUUGCUGCUUUAUCAGAGUUUUGACAAUGUUUCCUUAGUAACCAUUUUCAAAUGUUUUGUUUGUGGAAAAUAAAAUAAUUAUCAUGCAGUUCAUUUAAUUAGUGUUGAAUCCAAACAGCAGCUUCCAUUGUCUUGGGGAUGAGGUGCCAAGAAAGAAGAGUUAAGUGUCUGUUAUGCAGAAGAGUGAAGUGUCUGUUAAGCAAUGUGUAAGUCCAAUAAAAAUAUUACU